UCUCUUAAUUUCUUUUGAGUGUUUAAAAUGAAUGAUGAUAAUAACAGCGUGGAAAUGUUAGUAUCUGAAACUCCAGUAGGAUCCAGGUGGAAUCCAACAAAGGAACAAAUUGAUUUGCUUGAGAGCAUAUACAGGCAAGGGAUUAGGACACCAAGUGCUGAGCAGAUACAGCAGAUUACUUUGAGAUUAAGGGCUUUUGGUCAUAUUGAGGGAAAGAAUGUCUUUUAUUGGUUUCAAAAUCACAAGGCAAGGCAACGCCAGAAACAGAAGCAAGAUAAAUUUGCUUAUUUCAAUCGCUUUCUUCAUAGGACGAAUGUUUUUCCACCACCUCGCCCAAAUGUUGUUUGCAGCCCUUAUUACACGCCACAAAACAAUCUAGGGUUUUAUCAGCAGUAUCCAGUUCCCAGUCUUAUCCUCCCGGGACCAGGUGGUUUCAAAAGGAGAGCAACGUGUGAUGCUGCUGUAUUCAUCAAUGCUACUUAUUCGCAAGAAAAUAGCAACAACAUGGCACAUCUCAGCCCAAAUGAAAAGCAAUUUAAUCAUCAAGAAACUUUGAAUCUUUUUCCGCUGCACCCAACUGGGAUUUUACAAGAAAAGACUACAAGCUCCUCUUCUCCUUCUGCUCAUGAUCAGUCGACUAUUCCUAGUAAUUAUACUCCUUCAAAUUUAGCGGAAGCAAACUGUUUUACUGAUCUUGGAAUUGGUGCUGGUGAUCAUCAAGUCUUUAACUUCUUUUGUGGAAAGGGUCCUUGUGAGAGCCAGUAUUGAGAAUUUUUUUGGGAUAUUUUGCUGUGUUUCCAUCUGGUUGGGUUCUGCUUCGUGUUUUGUGUUGAUCUCAAAGAGUAUAUGUGAGCAUAUCCAUCUGAACAACGCAAUAUAUUGUGAAUUUAAUAGUAAUUUCCUUGUGGAAAGGAUAUGACCUCUCUUUUUUAUUUCUCUACCUU